UUAGGGAGUACGGUCUCUCAACAGACCAGUUUGUGCGAGCGGACCCGAGACGGAGAUCAGCUGCUUUGCCAGCUAACCAUAUUUUUACGGCACCUUCAGGAUUUAUUCGUAUGUGGUUAGAGAGUUGACUAUCCUCCGCUUAAGGGAACUUGUAUAUAAUUUGCUUCUGGCGAAGUUGGGGGAAUGGAUAGGCUACUUGGAGAAGAUAUGAAGUUGUUGAAACUCUGUGUGCCUUUUAUCUGGUUUGGUUUGGUGCACACAUACAACAUUGAUCUGGAUCACCCAGUCGUUUUCCGAGGAACUAGUGGGACUUUCUUUGGCUAUUCGGUACUGGAGCAUUUCCACGACAACACACGGUGGAUACUGGUUGGGGCCCCCCAGGCCAACUCUACCUAUAGUUCAUCCGUGCUGUCCCCGGGAGCCGUGUAUAAGUGUCGAAUCCACAGUAAUCCCGACAAGAGGUGUACAGAAUUGGAUCUAGGUCGAGGUAAUUGGCAGGGAAAGAGUUGUGGUAAAACCUGCAAAGAGAACAGAGACAAUGAGUGGAUGGGAGUGACUCUGUCCCGACAGGAAGGAGGCAACGGCAGUAUUCUGGCAUGCGCACAUCGUUGGAAGAACAUCCACUAUGAAACUGAGCACAUCCUGCCUCAUGGUGCCUGCUACAUCAUCCCACCUAAUUUAUCCCGAAACACUAAAGAAUUGCUCCCCUGCUACCAAGAAUACAAGAAUAAAUAUGGAGAGGAACAUGGCUCAUGCCAAGCUGGGAUUGCAGGCUACUUCACUGAGGUAGGUCUUCAAGCUUCAUUUUUUAUGGAGAUGGAUAAAUUGGUUGAGGCAAAAAAAAAAAAUUACUUGGAUAGACACAUUAAUAUCUUCUGGAAAUUUCUCCUGGAGCUGCGCAAGAUCCACAUUGAAUAUUUCACCUUGGUUUUCACUGUGGAGAAAGACGUGAAGAUUGAGGAACUUGGGACAGCUAAUGGCAGUGUCUUCACGCUGCCGCUCAUUCGGGCCGGAUCGCCGCCUCCUAUCGCUCUGAGCCAAGAUCGCUCGUCAGAAGUUUGGCUCGCCCCGCAGCUCCCGAUGAUGUCGUCCAGCCCGCGCGAGCCUGGCUCAAAUCGCAGAAGUUGGGUCAACCCAGCCUCGGCCAGCCUCGUUUACAUAUUUAAGAUUGACAUAGAUAAGCUCUCAACAAUUUCAACUAUUCCUGGAAAAGAGGUGGGUUCCUACUUUGGCUCAUCACUGUGCACGGUUGAUUUGAACUCUGAUGGAUACUCAGAUCUUCUAGUUGGAGCCCCCAUGUUCACACAGAUAAGAGAUGAGGGACAAGUAACUGUUUUCAUCAACAGAGGCAAUGCAGCACUGGAAGAACAACAGCUUUUGAAUGGAGAUGGCAUUUAUAAUGCUCACUUUGGUCAGUGUAUUGGAUCUCUUGGCGAUAUUGAUGACGAUGGAUUUCCAGAUGUUGCAAUUGGAGCACCUAAUGAGAAUGAUUUUCGAGGAGCUGUCUACAUUUAUCACGGAGAUCCCAAUGGAUUAGUCUCCAGAUAUUCAAUGAAACUGCUGGCACAGGACAUUGAUCCAGAAUUGCGCAUGUUUGGCCAUUCCAUAUCAGGAGGAGUGGACAUGGAUGGAAAUGCUUACAAAGAUGUAACUAUUGGUGCCUUCAUGUCAAAUAGCGUGGUUCUGCUUCGAGCUCGUCCAGUUAUUACCGUGCAGAUUGCUAUUCUGCUUCCUGAAUCCAUUAACAUCACAGCUCCACAGUGCCAUGAUGGCUAUCAGCCCGUCAACUGUUUCAAUGUUACGACUUGUUUCCGCUUUCAUGGCAAGCAGGUCCCAGGUGAAAUAGAAUUGGCUUACAAUCUGACAGCGGAUGCAGUAAAGAAAGAGAAAGGUCUACAUUCCAGAGUUUACAUCCAGGCAAGUGAUCCAGUCAGCCAGGUCAUGGAGAACAUCAAGCUGUCCUCCAAGAAGGAGAGUUGCAAGCAUUACUUCGUCAUUGUCAAGCGGCAGGUGAAGGAUGUGAUUGCACCAAUUGUCUUUGAAGUAACCUACAGCUUGGGCAAGCAUAUAAUUGGUGACCAGUCUGUGAAAGAGCUUCCAGCAUUAAAACCAAUCUUGCGUUGGAAAAAAGGUCAUAAACUGGCUCAACGAAACCAGACUGUUUUUGAAAGAAAUUGUAUAUCAGAUGACUGUGCUGCUGACCUGCAACUUCAGGGCAAACUGUUCCUGUCCAGCUUUGAUGGCCACAAGUCUUUUCUAGCACUGGGGGCUGUGAAGAACAUCUCGGUGAAUGUGACCAUUUUAAAUGCUGGAGAUGAUGCAUAUGACACCAACGUUUACUUCAACUUUUCGCAAGAGAUCUUCUUCAUCAAAAUGUGGCAGAAGGAAGAAAAAGGCACUAAUUGUGAGCUGAUGGAGACAGACUUCCUGAAAUGCAGCGUGGGAUUUCCUUUCAUGAGAUGGCAGUCCAAGUAUGAAUUCAGCAUGAUUUUUGACACAAGUCACCUUUUCGGGGAACAGGAGAAUUUGGAGUUCAUAGUCACAACACAAAGUGGGAAUGUGGAGCAUAAUGAAACAUUGCAUGACAACACACUCGUUCUCACAAUGCUGCUGAAACAUGAAGUGGACACCGCUGUUACAGGGUCAAUUUCUCCAGCCUCCUUUAUUUAUGGUGAUUCAGUGGAUGCAUCGAAAUUUAUUCAACUGGAAGAAAUGCCCUGUCUGUUUCAACCGCUCAACUUGACAUUUCAGGUUAUUAAUAUGGGCCCAAGCAGUGCACCUGGACUGGCUGUCCAAAUUAUGAUUCCUAGCAAGCUUUUCACAAAUGGAGCAGACAUCUUUCUUAUCCAGGGAGCUGUGGUCGGCCAGGAGGGAGGCAAUUGUACUCACCAUCAGAACCUUGAUCCUUGCUUCAUACCUCAGGACAAAGAGAACAUCUUCCAUACAAUCUUCGCUUUCUUCACCAAGACUGGCAGGAAAGUGUUGGAUUGCGAUAGACCUGGCCGACCCUGCUCGAUCAUCAACUGUGAAUUAAACUACAUAGCAAAGGAAGAAACCAGAAACAUUGAUGUGUACUUGCUGCUGAAUACGGAGAUACUGAAAAAGGACAGUGCGUCUGUUAUUCAGUUUGUUACCAGAGCAAAAGCGAUGGUCGCUGAAGACAGAAGAACAGUGGAGAUAGCAGGCGGACUUUCUGAAGAUGCAACAGUGGUGUUUGAAGCCUUGCAUAAUCUGGAACCUCGUGGCUACGUUGUUGGAUGGAUCAUUGCCAUUAGCCUUUUUGUGGGAAUCCUCAUUUUCCUGUUGCUUGCAGUCUUGCUUUGGAAGAUGGGUUUCUUUCGUCGGAAGUACAAAGAAAUCAUUGAAGCUGAGAAGAACAGGAAGGACAGCGAGGAAAGUUGGGACUGGGUCCAAAAGGACCAGUGAGCACCUGAUAAUUAAAGCAUGUGACAUGCAGCAGACAAUUCAUUGAUCCUUCUCCUGAGUCUUCCAUAUGUGGAAGAAGGGAUCCUUCUCCGGAUUUUUUGGAGAAUUGAUAAUUGAAUAUUUGUUUAAUUCAACAGCUGGAAGCAUUCCCGAGGCUGACACUGCAAGCAGAAGAUAUGUUGUGUGGUGCUUAGGCUUCCUUUAAAACUCAUCGAUGAAUUAAAAAAAAAUGUGCUGUUGGGUCUAGAAAUGAAAGAGAUUACAAUUUACAACAAUACAGCCCUCAGGGGAUAAAUUCUCUUUGUGUGUUCUGUAAAGAGGAGCAAAUAUUUUUAUAAGAGAAAAACUUGUCUGUCCAAAUGUUUAUUCCUUUUAUAUUUUUAUCCAAAUGUUUUUAUCCAAAUGUAAUUUACUCAUAUUAAUUUCUAUAUCACACUCACUGCACUGAUGUCUUGCUCAGAGCCUGAGUGACGACAAGUUAAUGAAGAAGCUAUUUUGCCAAAAGCUCUUUGCAGUAAGGUCAAAUCUUGAUGAUGAAAAUUGCGACCACUUGUAGAGUUAUCUACCACUUUCAGUACUGUAUAUUCUUUGCACUUCGUCUCAAGCUAUUUUCAUUAUCUGCUGUCUGAAACAUCUUGUGACAUUGUACAAUAUAAAGAUACUAUUUUCAAUCUAUUAAGGAGGAUGGGAGAUAGCAGAGGAACUACUAUUGGGCUUCGUGCUCCAGAGUUAGAUCAGAGAACAUGAUUUCUGUGUCAGGCCUUUAUUCAGAGACUCCUCCCCUGAUCAACUGAAAAUGUGCCAUGUGUGGAUGUGUUAGAAUAAAGCAUGCCUAUAAUUCUCGCAGUUGACUAACCUACUGAAUUCCACAGUCAAAUCUGACAGGAACAAAGGCUGCUUAUCUGCACUUUGGAGGAAAGCAGUGCUGGUGGAGUGGUUUGCCUGCAAAGAUGCAACACAUUCUAGAAAAGACACAAAAUGCUGGAGUGAUUCAACGAGUCAGGCAGCAUCCCUGGGCUACUGAGUCAAUCCAGCAUUUUGCGUCUUUCCUUGGUAAACCAGCAUCUUCAG